GUCCUCUUGGGUGCACAUAGAGAGGCAAGCUGAGUGGUGCCCGGAAGUGAGGGUUGCCAGGACGACCGCCCAGCGGCGGCUUCCGGCUUAGCGGCGGCUUUUCUCGCCAUCAUCAUCCGCGCCGGCGGAGGAGCCCGUUGCCAUGGUGCCCAGCAAAUGCCGGCCCGCCGCGGGGAGCAGGCCCAGCCACGGCGUCUCGAGUAGCAAUUUUGGUCUUCACCUGGUUCUCCAGUCUACAUCAGUGGCAGAAAGAAGCAAACCUCUUGAAUUCAGGUUACAUAAAGAGCAGCCGUACCUUCACAACAGACUCUUGCAACAAGAUCUUGAAAAGAACUAUUCAGGAAAACUAGAUACUAUUAAUUAUGGGAACACUUCCUUUCCUGUGGUGCUCCGUACUGCCGAAGAGAAAAUACAGCACUCUGAUAGGUUGGCACUUGACAGACAAAAGCUGACCGUUUGCCCAAUUAUUGAUGGAGUAGAACACCUUCGUCUGUUGAGCUUUCAACAUAACUGCAUCACACGGAUCCAGAAUAUCGCUAAUUUGCAGCAUCUUGUCUUCUUAGAUUUGUAUGAUAAUCAGAUAGAGGAGAUAAGUGGACUUUCUACACUGAGGUCUCUCCGUGUGCUUUUGUUGGGAAAUAACAGAAUACAGAGAAUAUCAAACUUGGAGAAUCUUCUAAAUCUUGAAGUUUUGGAUCUUCAUGGAAAUCAGAUUGCUAGCAUAGAAAAUCUCAGUCAUUUAAGUGAACUUAGAUUGUUAAAUCUUGCCCGAAAUUGCUUGACAUUAGUUGAAAACCUCAGUGGACUGGAUUCGUUGGCAGAACUUAAUCUUCGAUACAAUCAGAUCACAUCAGUGAAAGAUGUGGAUACCUUGCCCUGCCUCCAGCGUCUCUUCCUCAGCUUUAACAAUAUAUCUUGUUUCGACGACAUUCAGUGCCUUGCUGAUUCCUCGUCCCUUUCAGACAUCACCCUAGAUGGCAACCCAAUAGCUCUGGAGACAUGGUACAAGCAUACUGUUCUCCACCAUAUGAUGCAGCUCCGACAGCUAGAUAUGAAGAAAAUCACAGAGGAAGAGAGGCGCAUGGCAUCUGUCGCAUUAAGGAAAGAGGAAGAGAAGAAGCGUGAAAGCCACAAGCAAACUUUACUGAAGGAGAAGAAACGAUUGACAAUUAGCAAUAUUGCACGCAAGUGGGAGAGCCAGCAGAAUCGCAUUUCUCUUCUGUCUUCCAGUGGGGAUAACAACAAAGAGGAUGAAUCCUGCCAGGACAAUCGAAGUGCUGCAUAUGUAUUUCCGGAAGACACAAGGACUCUUGAUGUAUUACUGAGCAAGGCUACACAAGUGCUUUCUGUCGUAGACUCUCACUUGGUUGAAAUAGAAGGGGACACUCUCUUUUUGUACGGUUCCGGAGCUCUGGAGUCCCUGGAUCGAAACUGGAGUGUUCAGACAGCGGGAAGCAUCGUCACCAUCUCCUUUAUUUUCAUCGAGUUUGAUGAAAUUGUUCCCGUGUUGCCCAAACUGAAGAUCAAAUUUCCCAAUUUUCUGCACUUGAAGUUUAAGGAGACCAACCUGGUCAUGCUGCAGCAGUUCAACGCCUUGGCACAGGUCCGCCGCCUGGAGCAGCUGACCGUGGACGCUCAGGGAAACCCAGUCGUCGCCUUCACCCUGUGGAAGUACUACGUUCUAUUUCGACUGAGCCAUUUCAGCUUGCAAAAAAUAAAUGGGAUAGAGAUUACGCAGAAUGAUAUGGUGAUGGCAGAAAAACUGUUUGGUGUCUUGGCAUAUGUCGCAACUUCAGACGUGCCCUACUGCCGCCUGCUUUCAUUGCUUGGAGACCCUAGGAAGAGACAGUUGUGUUAUCUUUUGGACGCGAAGGGGAAAAAGCUGGGAACUGCAAGCGAAGAUGGCAACGACCGCCGAAAGCUUGGAGGAGAAAACGCCAGCCGAUCCAUGUUAAAUUAUACGACAAGGGACUCCCAGAUGGAGAAGCUGGAGGAAGCGAAGGACAGGAAGAAAUUCUGCCAUACCUAUAUCCAUGACUUAGUGAAGGAGGCGGCUGACAUCAACAUGAAGAACGAAUCUCUGCAGAAGCUCUGGCCUCAGCUGUUCAUUGAACUCGUCAGGGACGCAGUGAUUGAGAUACGCAACAAGGAUGCCUACAUGAAGCUCUGCCUGCAGCGGAUUGCCAACCAGAAGUCCUAAAGGCCUCGCUUCCUCUGCCUUUCAGUCUUGUCCAGCAUGUCAUCACAAAGGCCUGGAAUGGAGUCGAUCAUUUUGUUUUUUAUAUAUGAAGUUUGCUUUGAAGAAACCUUAUGUUCACAGUAAAAAAUGUUUCUCUCACACA